AUGCCCCGAUGCCCCACGGGGGCCAUGGACGAGGGGCCCGUGGACCUUCGCACCCGGCCCAAGACCACCGCUGCCAGCCCGGGCGCCCCGCUGCUGCCCCUCCGCAAGCGUCCCCUGCGCGCGCCCUCCCCGGAGCCCGCCGCCCACCACCGCCACGGGGCACCCCUGGACCCCUUGAGGGGCGGCUGCGACACGCCGGGGAUGCCCGGGACCCCCCACGGCCUGGCCCAGCCAGAAGCGCUUUAUUACUCGGGACCCAUGAUGCCUCUAUACUCCACCCCUGCCAUGGGCCCCCCUUUUUCCCUGCUGAACCUGCCUACGCCCCUGUACCCCAUGAUGUGCUCCAUGGAACACCCCCUGUCAGCUGACAUUGCCACAGCCACCCGCGCAGAUGAGGACGGAGAUACGCCUCUCCACAUUGCUGUGGUCCAGGGCAAUUUACCAGCUGUGGACCGGCUGGUCAGCCUUUUCCUGCACGGAGGACGAGAGCUGGAUGUCUACAACAACAUGCAGCAGACCCCGCUCCACCUGGCUGUCAUCACCACCUUGCCCUCCAUGGUCCAACUCCUGGUGACCGCUGGCGCCAGUCCCAUGGCGCUGGAUCGCCAUGGCCAGACAGCUGCCCACCUAGCCUGUGAGCACCGCAGCCCGGCGUGCCUUCGAGCCCUGCUGGACAGCGCAGCCCCAGGCACGGUGGACUUGGAAGCUCGCAAUUACGAAGGGCUCACCGCCCUGCACGUGGCCGUGAACACCGAGUGCCAAGAAGCGGUGCUGCUCCUGCUGGACCGCGGCGCCGACGUGGACGCGGUGGACAUUAAGAGUGGCCGCUCCCCUCUCAUCCAUGCCGUGGAGAACAACAGUCUUAGCAUGGUCCAGCUGCUGCUCCUGCACGGUGCCAACGUGAACGCGCAGAUGUACUCGGGCAGCUCGGCGCUGCACUCGGCGUCGGGCCGCGGGCUGCUGCCCCUGGUGCGCACGCUGGUGCGCAGCGGCGCGGACAGCAGCCUCAAGAACUGUCACAACGACACGCCGCUCAUGGUGGCGCGCAGCCGCAGGGUCAUCGACAUCCUAAGGGGCAAGGCAUCCCGGACUGCCUCAGCGGCGUCACAGCCCGAACCCUCCUCCGACCGAAGUGCCACCCCCGAGAGCAGCAGUCACCCUAGCUCCAAUGGUCUCCUGCCUGUGUCCUCCUCGCCCUUGGAGUCUCCCCACAAGGAGGCCCUGGGCUUUCCUCUGCCCAGCCAUCAUUUCUGCCUUCCGCCUUCACCUCCCCCUGCCUUUCUGCCCUUCUCCACCGUCCUCCGCGGCCCUGGCCGGCCCGUUCCCCCCUCCCCGGCUCAAGGAGGUAGCUGAGAUGGACGGGGGGACAGACGUGGACUCAUGAGGAGGGGGUCCUCCCUGGCGCCCCCCUCCUAGGACAGACCCUUCUGGAAACUGUGAAGAUCUUGCUCUGUUCCCCCUCCCCACAAAAAAAUUGUUGGGACCAGGAUUUGCACCAAAGCACAUGCACCUACCACUAAGGCCCCUCCCUUCUGUGCAUAGAUACACCCCCAUCUCAUUCCCUGCCCAGGGUCCUCACUCAUCCUCAGGCACAAACUCCCUGUCUGGAAUCCAUCAGACAGAUGUUCCUUUCUUUUUUUUUGUUUUUGUGAGGUAGGGGCUCCCUCUAGCCCAGGCUGACCUGGAAUUCACUAUGCAGUCUCAGGCUGGCCUCGAACUCAUGGAGAUCCUCCUACCUCUACCUCCCGAGUGCUGGGAUUAAAGGCAUGCGCCGUCACGCCCCUCCCUCCGUCACCCAUGCCCAGGAAAAAGGAGAGAGGAGGGGUUUUAGGUUAGCACUAACGACUAUGUAAAUUAUUAGGUGUUUUGGUUGGAAUUCUUUUGUAAUAAACUAUUUUUGUACCAUA